GCGCCGCGUCUGCCUCGGUCCGAGCGGGCGCUGCGCGGCGGAGGCUGUGGUGAGGCGGCGGCGGAGCGGCUCGGCUCGGCUCGGCUCGGCUCGGCUCGGCUCGGCUCGGCUCGGCUCGGCUCGGCUCGGCUCGGCUCGGCUGUGAGGUCCCCAGCGCGUCCCUCGGCGGAAGAUGCGCGGCGAGCGGCGCCGGCUGUGAGCGGCAGCGGGGGGAGAGGCCCCGGCGGCGUCCCUCGCUCCCUCAGCCCGGCGGGCGGCGGAGGAUGCGGAUCGGGCCUCCCCGCUGAUGAGAGGGAGGAUGGGCACCCAGGGCAGCCCGGUGAAGAGCUACGAUUACCUCCUCAAGUUCCUGCUGGUGGGAGACAGCGACGUGGGCAAGGGGGAGAUCCUGGAGAGCCUGCAGGACGGCGCCUCCGAGUCCCCCUACGCCUACAGCAACGGAAUUGACUACAAGACCACUACUAUCUUGUUGGACGGCAGAAGGGUCAAGCUGGAACUCUGGGACACAUCAGGGCAAGGAAGAUUUUGCACCAUUUUCAGAUCCUACUCCAGAGGAGCCCAGGGCAUUCUCUUGGUGUACGACAUCACUAAUCGCUGGUCCUUCGAUGGGAUAGAUCGAUGGAUAAAGGAAAUAGAUGAGCAUGCCCCAGGUGUCCCUCGGAUCCUGGUGGGAAACAGGCUGCACCUUGCCUUCAAGAGGCAAGUGCCAACAGAGCAGGCCCGGGCCUAUGCCGAGAAGAACUGCAUGACGUUUUUUGAGGUCAGCCCCCUGUGCAACUUCAACGUCAUCGAGUCCUUCACAGAGCUGUCCCGAAUCGUCCUCAUGCGCCACGGCAUGGAGAAGAUCUGGAGACCCAACAGAGUGUUCAGCUUACAGGACCUGUGCUGCCGAGCCAUCGUCUCCUGCACCCCGGUCCAUCUCAUCGACAAGCUGCCCUUGCCCGUCACCAUCAAGAGUCACCUGAAGUCCUUCUCGAUGGCCAACGGGAUGAACGCGGUGAUGAUGCACGGCCGGUCCUACUCCUUGGCCAGCAGUGGUGGUGGGAGCAGCAGCAAAGGGAACAGCUUGAAGAGAUCCAAAUCCAUCCGCCCGCCCCAGAGCCCCCCACAGAACUGCUCACGCAACAACUGCAAGAUCUCCUAGCAGGAUGGACACCCCGUGAGCUUCUGCUGUGUCCGCACCCACCCUCCGAUGUACAGCUCUUUGCACACUGACCCCUUUGCCACUGGAUCCCUCCGGAUGGGCCGUGCUCGCUUUCCCAAUGGCACACACCAGCAUUAGGAACAUGCUCACAGUUUUGGCUUCGCGUAGGAAGCGUGGUGCCGGCUGGAUCUCAGCACUGGCGGGGAGAGGAUCUGCCAAGUGACCCUCCAAGAAUGCUUUUGGGCUUUGCCUCUCGGCCUGGGGUGGAAAAUUCAGCAGCUGCCGGCUUGGGGAGGGGGGAAGGGGGAAAAAAGCUCAUUCAGGCUCAAUGGAGAAAAGGAUUUAAUGGAAGAUUGAGAGGCUUAAGGGAGUACGCAAGGAGAGUCUGUGCUGCAGCUUUAACUCUUGGACUCCUGAACAGAUUGCUGGUGCAAUAGUGAUCAUUGGAUGUAGGGAAAACAAAAGAGAAAAACAGGGACAGAGGACUAAUGACAGUUUUCACUGGGAUGUUAAUCUGCUGUUGCCAAAAACCAGAAGGAAAACAAGGCAAGAGUUGGCCAAUGAGAAGGGGAGGGAGCAGUCGACUUGCCUCCUUCAUUUAUUUAUGUAAAUAUUAUACAUAUAUAUAUAUCACUUGUUUUUUAAAGUUUUUUUUAAGAGGCAGUCAGAAUUUUAUGCAGCCAUGUACAUACGAGCACUGGAUUAACUUUCCCAGUGUCAGCAAAAGGGGAAAAGUGGAGGAUUUCCCAACAAAAAUACCCAAAUGCUUUAAGAGACUUUAAAUCACUACCUGGGCUUGUGCUGGGGGGGGGGGUUAAAUACUACGUAUGCAGAAGGAAAGAAAGAUGCAUGUGUAACCCACCCCAAGCUGCUUUAUUCCCAUCAUUCCCUAAAGUUUCCAAAGGCAGGAUGGGGUGUGAAUGGCUCAAGGGGCAGAGCAGAGGGGCCAGGGUCUUGGCUUGUUUUUGGCAGCUCUGAGGUCAGACUGAUGCUGUGCUCGCUUUGCACCUUCUGACAUGUGGAAUGUGGGGGCUGAGGAGCAGAGGCUGGAAGCAUCAUGCCCAAGGCAGAGGAAAACCACUGAAUUUUGUCCCUUAUUGCUGCAAAACCUCAGCCACCACUUCCAGAGCCCUCCAUCCGCAACAUCCCCAUGCACCAGCCCCUCAAUCCUGGCUGCUCUUGCUUUGAUUUUCCAAAGACGCUCUGCCCAAGGUAGUGUUGCUGUGGCUCCUCCUGGAUGAAAGUGGGGAAAGGACAGAAGCAGCUUUUCCCACUGGAGCAUGUAGGAGCAGGGACUGAGAAAAGGUGAAAGGUUUGUGUGGGGGAGACCAGCGACCCACAAGUCCCAUCAUGGCAGCCCCAGGGAAUCAGGAAUGCAAACUGCUUUGCUCUGGAUUGUGCUCAGUGGCUUGUGGUGUGCACGUGCUGUGGGAGAUCUUCUGUCAAGCAAGUGCAGUGUGCUUCCCUGGCUUCAUCCCAUGGCUGACCUGGGCUGGAAAUUCACCUGGAACCUUGGAAACAACACCUAGCCUUUAUUUCAAAAGCUUGGCAUUGGGACUAAGCGAUCCUCGACAGAUCCUUGUGAGCAGCCAGGAUGUGUAGAUUGUGAGUAGUGUGGUAGGAAGCGAACUGCUUUUCCUCGUGCUCCUCAAUGAGGAGCCCAGCCGGUGCAGUGCUGCCAUCUCCCUCCUGGUGUUAGCAACUCCUCAAGGCCUGGCCUGGCUCUUCUCCACCCCCAGAGCAGCUUGUUGCAUUGCACGGGCAGAAUGAAGCCGUGGCGGCUCCUCCACGGCCGAUGGACCCACUCUCUUCAGGCAGCAGCCAGGGGCACAUCCCUCCAUGUGGAACGUCUCCUUCCCCAAGCAACCUGGAGGUGAAGGAGGCUUUCCCCUCCCAGCUCUAUAGAACAAGAUACAAUACAGGGGUCAGGCCUCUUGGCUCAUCUCUAGCAUGCUUUAGUGCCCAGCUCAAAUGAGCGAGGAGAGAAUUAAACCCCAGGCAGAUGGAGGGGGGAGAAGAAUCCUUUGUAGUGGUGGUUUGGCUCCAGAGCAAAGCCACAGCCGGGCCUGGCGCGGUGGCACAGAGGCCGGGGGAUUUGGAGAACCUGUCUGGGGUGGCCAGCACCUGCUUCCCACCACUUGACACGCAGCAGAAGACAAUCGCUGGCUUGGCAGCCCGGGGAUAUACGGCCAACAGGUGAUGGGCACCAUAGAAGCAGGGUGACUUCUCCUGGAAAACAGCACCCUGGGCUUCCCCCAGGCAAGGGGAGCGAAGAGGGGUGAAGGCUUCCUCCCUGCACCCACAGAGCUGCUGCGUGGCUGGGAAACAGGAUGCACCUCUUCUUGGUUUGGCUUUGCCAUGCGUGGCACCUCCCCAUGCCCUUUUCCCUGCACUUGAUUUCUUGUUUUCCCACCCUGUAAGGUCUCAAAGGAUCCUGGCUGUAGUGAGGAGGGAAGAUCCACCUGGAGCAAUUGCUCAGCAAAAACACUUUUUGUUGUUGUUGUUAAUUUAAAAGGAAAAGAUUCUUGCAUCUGAUGUCAACACUAGUCUGUAGCUGCUCUCCAACACUUGUACCAUUCCUGAGUUGGGUUUUGGGGGUUUGUUUUUGGACUAUCCUUUUAUUUUUUUAUUCCUUUGUACAGUCAAUGUUGUUCAACUGAUUCUACAUGGGUUUGUUUUGUAUAAAUUAAAGUCUUUUUUUUGUUGUUGUUGUUUUGAA